UCUGUCAUUUUGACGGGCUGGUAACUAGUUUAAAAAUAAAUAAAUCGCUAGUGGGGACAGCUAUGUGUAUCUUUAUGUUAACUUUAUUCUAGAAUGAACGGAUGUAGUGACCAGAAUAAAAUUGUGCCCUAAUCAUUAUACAGCAUCUUGAAAGCCCUCAGCACAAAAACGUUGUGGAGGGCCCAGAUUACAAGGCCCUGGAUGACCUUAUUGCCACCCUGUGCGCGGACUGGGAGGAGCACUGAAGAUCAAAACACUUUCACCCAGCUCCUGUGUGUGCUGGACUGCUUGGGAGCCAUUAUCCGAUAUGCUCUGCUGUCACCUGCUGCGACUCCCGUAUCUCCAGCCGGAUAUGAAAAACCUUAUCCUUAUGUACCACCAAAAAGCUCUUACGUGCAGCUGAGAUAUUGCAUUUACUCCAAACAUCCGCAACAGAAAAAUGUCAUGCCAUGAUACAAAAAUGUCCGCCAUCUUCACAUGAAGCAGGUUAGAGCGCAGGAGGUUAAGGAGCAGGAGGUUCCAGCGCUAGAAGUUACAGAGCCGGAGCCCAAACCAAUACCAGUUAUGAAACUGAUGGAUCCAUUUAUUAAAGUGGAAGAUGUCAGCCGCCACUACAGACCAUUGUUUGGGCUUCGCCUUAUAUUUGAGUGUCCCUAUGGCCCUAGUCACCCGAUGGACACCAAGGAAAGUGAGCAUAAGACCGCAGCUCACCAGGGCCCCACCAAGAUGCCAGGGUACUGCGAAUGCUGCAGGUGCAUCUACCCUGAUCUGGAAGAACAUCUUAAAAGCCCUCAGCACAAAAACGUUGUGGAGGGCCAAGAUUACAAGGCCCUGGAUGACCUUAUUGCCACCCUGUACGCGGACUGGGAGGAGCACUGAAGAUCAAAACACUUUCACCCAGUUCCUGUGUGUGCUGGACUGCUUGGGAGCCAUUAUCCGAUAUGCUCUACUGUCACCUGCUGCGACUCCCGUAUCUCCAGCCGGAUGUGAAAAACCUUAUCCUUAUGUACCACCAAAAAGCUCUGUGAGCAUAUCACUAUCACCAUCUAUCUUAAAAAAAAUAAAAAUAAAAUAAAAAUAAAUAUAUAUAUAUAUAUAUAUAUAUUGUAUGCAGCAGAGCUAGUGAUCUAUAUACGGCUCCUUCUUGUUUAUAUUAUGCAGGCACCAUAAUUGAGAAGGUCACCAUAUGAAUUUUAAUCUUACGCUUAUGCAAUA